AUGUACACUAAGGAAGUGUUAGAAUGCUCAAAACCCAACACAUAUGACAUCAACAACUACGACAUUUACAGCUCCCAAUGGACUCAAUUCAAAAGCUUUCCCAAAGUAGACUUUUGGACCCAAAUCACGAGCCUAGAGAAGUUCAAUCCCAGUCGCCAAAAAGACCCCUUUAUCAUCCAUCCUUGCUGGAGAAUUGCCCACCGGAUCCCAUCCACUUCUGUCUUUGCUCGUCACGAGCCAGGACAAAUCAACACCGUUGAGUUGUAUUUUCUCUAUUGCAUGUCGAGCCAACAUUGGUCUUUCCCCAAUUUCGCCACCUUUUUUUUAGACAAAUGUGACAGCCUCAGGACGAAGACCACUGGUGACAUUUGUAUUGGAGGUCUCAUUACCCUCAUUGGUUUGGGUAUGGGCCUUCAAUUUCCAGAAUCUGAAUAUGUACGAGUGAAUGAUCCACCUCUCUACCUUCUCGAUUGCAUUACUCUCAUCCGGAUGGAAUUACUGCUACCUCAUCCUACUCUUCUUGGACAUUUUUCUUGGCUCAACCAUGUCAAGGACCCAGUUUACAUCUUACCCAAUCCAAGUAUCUCCACCUUCACCACCGAUGACCCUGAAACAUGGUUUUUGCCUCAAGAGUUGCCAGACGAUGAUGAUGCAGCCACAGAUGAUGACAUGCAGGUGGACCCUGACAAUGUUGUUAGCCCAUUCGAGGCUGGAGACCAUUAUGAUCUCCUGAUCCGCCAGUUGCCUCCACCUCAUCCAGGUCAAGCCUCCGGCCAGCUUGCUUCCUUGCGCCUCGAGGGCAAUAGGAACACCGCAGCCAUCCACCACAUAGAGGAACAACAAGCACGCACCCACACUUACAUGGAGGACCUUGGUAUCAUUUACGACCCGAGGGCGGUUAUCCUCCUUGCGGGCCUCCUCCAUCUUGAUCCCGGUUUGAUCCUUCCUUAUUUUCAUCCUAAGCAUUGA